AGAGGCUGUAGCCAACUACAAAACCCAUAACAUAUUUGUAGCUCAUGGUAUUUCACUUUUUAUUAUUUUGUUUUUGUCUUGCUUUAUUGUGUUGUACCAUUGCCAUGCUCCUGCUAGUCCUCUCUCCCCUCUCUCAUCAAACUCUUGAAUAAUCACUGGGAAUUAAGAUUAAUCUACUCCAAAUUGGGAGUGAUAGUGAUAAUCGAUCAAAUAUAAGAUCAUAUCGAUGGAGAGCACCGAUUCAUCUACCGGGUCGCAGCAGCCGCAGCUGCCGCCGGGGUUCCGGUUCCACCCCACCGACGAGGAGCUGGUGGUGCACUACCUGAAGAAGAAGGUGGCCUCCGCCCCUUUGCCCGUCGCCAUCAUCGCCGAAGUCGAUCUCUACAAGUUUGAUCCAUGGGAGCUCCCAGGCAAGGCUAUAUUUGGAGAGCAGGAAUGGUACUUCUUCAGCCCUCGUGACCGCAAGUACCCGAACGGGGCGCGGCCGAACCGGGCCGCGACGUCCGGGUACUGGAAGGCGACGGGGACCGACAAGCCGGUGAUGACGGGCGGCGGGACGCAGAAGGUCGGGGUGAAGAAAGCCCUGGUUUUCUACGGAGGAAAGCCACCCAAAGGGAUCAAGACCAACUGGAUCAUGCAUGAGUACAGGCUCGUAGACAACAAGCCUAGCUCCAAGCCUCCCGGUUGUGAUUUCGUCAACAAAAAGGGAUCUCUAAGGCUGGACGACUGGGUUCUAUGUCGGAUAUACAAGAAGAACAACGCGCAGCGGCCGUUGGAUCAGGAGCGCGACGACAUACACGAUCAGCUGAUGGGAUCAAUUAAUCCUCAGACUCUAUCCAUGCCUUCUGUGGGCCACCACAAAUAUCUGGAAAGCGACCACAGCCUCUACGACGGGAUGAUGAGCGACGCCAUGAAUCCCCAUUUGGCCUCCUCAAAGGCGGCGCUCCACCUCCUCCCUCCCCACACCCUCAAGCGGACCAUCAACCCCAGCCUCUACUGGAACGACGACGCCAGCCCCGGCCCCGGCCCCGGCACCUCGCCCUCCACCAAGAGAUUCUUGGGGGACAACUGCGACGCCGGCACCAGAGGCGGCGCCAGCGACGACGCCACCAACUCCAUCGCCACCAUUCUCAGCCAGCUCCCCCAGACGCCCACGCUGCAGCAGCAGCAGGCAAUGCUCGGAAACCUCGGCGACGGGGUUUUCGGACAGCAACCCUAUCAUCAAGUCAAUUGGUACACAUGAUUAAAUACCAUAUAUCUAUCUAUAUAUGUGUGUAUAUUGUUAGAAUUAAUCUGUAAGUUUGAUGAAUCCAUUUUUAAAUAUAAAUUAUGCAACAAGCUGGGGAAACAGAUCAUGAUGCUGCUUGUGUUGGAGGAGCUGAAGAUUUUAUUCAAUUAGUCGUAGAAUUACUAUUGUUGGAUCAGAUUUUGUUUGUAGAUAGGGGGAAAAUAUACACAAAUUAAUAUAUUUUUACAAGCUCGUGUUUAUGGGGAAAAGGGGGAUUCUAUAUAGUAAUUUUAGCAUAGAUGAGAUGAGACAGUAUGUUAUUAGCUGUAAUAUAUAUAUUUAUUUCGUUUAUUAUCAUAUAUUUUUGGUCAUUUAGUAGGUGUAAAAACUAAUUAUAGGAAUCUUGUACUGAUCUUGUUGUGGAGAAGUUGAAUAAAUCCAUUUUAGUAAUCA